GUGUGAAUUCUCGCGAGAGUUCACGUCUCCAACCAAUCCAACAUGGCGCCUUAGGGACGUUGUUAUUGUUCCGUCGCUUCUUCAAGCUCCUGCUCUACGACAGAAACUACGCGUUAAAGCGGCCGAGCGUGUUCAUGCGGGCAUGAGAGCAACAUCUGGGGAUAAUGCUGAGAUCAACCGGCUUCUUCCGAGGGAUUGACUGCCCGUUUUACCCGGAAUACAGCGAGGGCAAAGGAAGCCGAAAUGGGUGUAACAGACCGUACUGCCACUUCAGGCACAGCCAGCAGAGACGGGCGUCCUACGGAGCACCAGCGGAUGUUAAAAAGCAAAGAGACCUUCAUUCUUCAAAGAAAGAACAAGGUUAUGAUCCCUUCAACCCAGAAGUUGUGAGACCCCAAGUGCAGGAGAAUGGAAAGUCUGCUGACUCGGGAGACCUCAGUGGGGCUCUGGAUAUGGUCAACAAGGCCAUCGAGGAGGUCCGCAGCGAGGUGGAGAGGGAGAAGAGGAAACUUUCUCGGAUUGGGGAUGAACCAUAUGAUCCCAGCGAGAGUAAAAAAGUAUCUUCAUCUAAAGCUGUUAAAAGUAAAAAAACACUACCGUCACACAUGGCUUAUGACCCUGGGAGUUAUCAGAUGACAUCUGGAGGUUAUAAUCCGACCCCUGGCUGCAGUAAGUAUACCUUGGAUGCAGACAAUCAGGGGAACAAUAGUAACUCCAUGGAAUAUGUUCCUACUUCAUUGAGAAAGCCUUUAUCUCGGAAACACACGCAUCAACUCCCCUCUCCUCCCCCCAGUCCAAAGUACUCAAACAGCACAUCCUCUCCUAAGUGUAAAUACACAGUGGACAAUUCAAAACCAUCUACAGACUUGGAAUAUGAUCCGCUGUCCAACUACUCGGCAGGAAUCGCAGCGAAAAGCAAGAAGGACCAGGGUGGACAAGCUGUUAAGACGGAACGGCGAAAGACGCAUAAACUAUUGGUGCAUAUAGACCCAAAAAAGUACACUUUCUCUGAGUCUGAUGGGGAGAGCUCUGGAACAGAGUAUCGACCCUACUUGCUUAGCAGUCUCCAGCAGAGAAAAUGCCACAGAGGGUCACUUUUGAAUACUGUAGGGAAGGAGAGAGAACUUACUGAAAGUAAGCUAAAUGCACUGACACAGAGGAAUCAAGAGGACUUGGCCGGGGACUCAGACGUCCAGGAAGAGAUGAAAGAAAAGGACAGUUCAGAGAAAAAGAAGGUGGCUGGUCAAAUUAGUCAUGAGAAAAUUGGCAAAUUUGAGAAAGUGCAUACACUUGGAAAGGUUGCUAACCAAACAACUGCUAGUAAGAGUACUAGCAGCAGCAGUAAAGACAAAGGGUCAAUUAAGAACUCAAACAAGGACUAUGCAAAGAAGGAAAACAAGAGUCAUGGAAAAAGAGACGAUAGGAAAAACACAGUAACCGGUAAGACACCUGAUAAAGUUCAGAGGGAAGGCUUAGACAAAAAGAGAAUAGAUGGUAAGAUCAAAGCUGUGGAAAAAGUCAAAAUGGACUCAAGUAAACGAGAUAAAGAUACAGAAAAUGGUGCAAGGGAAAGCAAGAAACCCAAGAUAUUAGAGAAAGAAAAGGAACACGGCAAGUAUAAGGACCGCCAACACAAAAAUGGUAAACUUGAUAGCAGUAAAAGAGAAAAGGAUGCAAAGAAAUUAAUAAAAAGCAGAUCAAGUGGUGGGAGCAGCAGUAUUACCAUUAAGGGGAGUUCUGCAAACAUUAAAGACAAGGUGAAACAAACAUAAAUUCACCAAAUGGGAAAAAGACGAGAGGAGAAACGGCGAAGUGUGAGUCUUAGUCAUGCUGAUCUAUUUGGAGAUGAGCCAGAGGAGGUUGAACCGAUAGUCGUGGAUGAUGAUGAUGAUGAUGACUCCGACGACAACGAAGAAGAAGAAGUGCUGGUGAGAAAGUCUGCUGAUGCUUUAAAGAGAGGCCGUCUGAACAAGAGGAAAGCGUCAGAGCUGACUCCGACCUCCUCUGACGAUGAGGGUGACCGCGGUGUGGCAGGUAACGACGAGGUCAACGAUGUUGCAAUCGACUUCUCUAGUUUCCAGGAUGAUCUGGACUUUGACUCAGAUCCCAUGGAGGAGUGUUUGCGGAUCUUCAAUGAAUCCAAGGAUGUGAGGACAGAAGACAAGGGAAGGCAAAUUAAACAGCCCUCUAGGCAUUCAGAGGAGGAGGGAAGCACAGAGAGCACUUUGACCACUCUAUUUCCCGGUCAAAAGAAGAGAGUAUCCCAUUUUGUUGCCAAAGAAAGUACUGACUCUCCGACUGUGGCGCGGCCAAACAAGAGAGUCUCAGCUCAGGAGAUCUGCUACAAGCGUAUGCAGAUGGCUCAGCAGCAAGCGGCUCAGAUUUCUGCUUCAGUCCAAGUUGCCUCACAGAGCUCCAGCCCCUUUUCUGGAGAGAAGAAGAGAUUAGCUCACCGUCCCAGCCCACAGACAACAUCCUCCAAAACAAGUCCUGCAGAUGUCAAACCAGCUGCCAGUAGAUUGUUAUCCUCCAGCCAGACCCAGCAGACUGUCAAGGCCCAAACCACCGCUGGCAUCUUGCCAAAGACUAUGUCCACAGUCCUGCAGAGGAGAGUGGCACACACACCGACCAUGAAGAGUAGUUCAAUGAAGCGCCCCACCAUCCCCAUUGAGUUUGGGGCCAAAGUCCCCAACAACAUCCGCCAGCGCUACCUCCACACUUUCAUAGAUGAAUGUGUCAAAUUUUGCCCAUCAAACGACAUUGCCUUCGAGAUGGCACUUGACGAGGAGAAGCUGGUGUAUGCGCGCAGUAGCAGUAAGAACAUCUACCUCAAUGUAGCGGUCAACACUCUGAAGAAACUCCGGAGCAAGAGCACUUCCUGUCCAUCGCCUGCAACCAAGGAUCCAGGGUUAGUUGUCAACAAGAGGGUUCAGUCCCACGAAGAAGUUCUCGGAGGUCGUCAUGCUGCUACAACCAGCUUCACUAUCAACAGGAUGGGUAAACAGCUGGAAGAGAAACUCAUUGGCGCCACCCUGUACAGGAAGCUGAAUUCGUACUUGAUGUCGGAGGAGCAGCUCCAGGAGCACGGAGACCCGAGAACAAACCCAGAGGCUCCCGGCAAAGCCGUCAUGUACAACCUGCCAGAGCACAAAAGGCCCGUCACAGACCCGUUGAACAAGAUAUGCUGUCGAUGUGGAGCAGAGUACAAGAUCAAUAUCAAUGGCAACUGUAUACGGAAAGAGGAAUGUUGCUUUCAUUGGGGACGAUUGCGCCGAAAUAAAGUCGUUGGAGGCUGGGAGACCAACUACAGCUGCUGUGCUGCGUCUGUGGGUGUUCCGGGUUGCCAAGUUUGCAAACAACAUGUUCAGGACGGGCGGAAAGAGUCAUUCGAUGGCUACGUCACAACGUUUAGUAAAGCUCUACCACCAGAUGGCAAUGGAGGGGUGUUUGCUUUGGACUGUGAGAUGUGUUACACAAAGCAGGGCCUGGAGCUGACCAGGGUGACGGUCAUCGACUCUGAGUUGAAAGUCAUCUACGAUACAUUUGUCAAACCUUUAAGCAAAGUGGUCGAUUACAACACGCGAUUUUCAGGUGUGACGGAGGAGGACUUGGAGAGCGCCACCAUCACUCUGAGAGAUGUUCAGGCCGUGCUGCUGAGUAUGUUCAGGGCUGAAUCCAUCCUCAUAGGACACAGUCUGGAGAGUGAUCUCCUCGCUCUGAAGCUAAUCCACAGUUCGGUCGUAGACACAGCCAUUGUGUUCCCUCACCGCCUCGGUUUACCCUACAAACGUGCCUUGAGGAACCUGAUGUCCGACCACCUCAAACGCAUCAUUCAGGACAACGUGGAUGGCCACGACUCGAGUGAAGAUGCGUCUGCCUGCUUGGAGCUGAUGUUCUGGAAGAUCAAGGAGGAUGCAAAGGUCAAAAGAUGACCUCUGACCCCUCUGCUCCACUUUCCUCGGUUCAACUUCCUGUCUUCGUGUUGGUGUCAGGAUGACAGAUGUUCAGGAGGCCUGUCCCAGCUCUCAGAGAGUAACGGUCAGAGUGUCGGGGGGGGGGGGGGCGGGGCUUGUUGCCACCUACUGUACAACAGUGAACAGGAGAACUGGCAGUCCCUUCAAAGCAAUAGAAGCCCAAAUAAACAGUUUUCAUUUGCUUAUCGGUAUUUCAGUUGUAAAUAAUGUUAGGUCAAAUGUAUUUACUGUUUAUUUUAAGCAGUGUCUCUUUUAAAGCCUCAAACUAUUUAAUAAUAACCCUUUCUAUAGAAGAACCAGGGCGUUGUCCGCUGAACGAUUGGUGAUUAACAUCAUACCGGGCUGUUUUCAGCCUAAUUUGCACUAUAGAAAUGCUUGUGUUGUAUAGGGCCCAAGUCUGGGUACCUCAUCUGUGCUCUAAAAGCAUUCACUUCUAAUGAAUAAUACGUCACCUGCUCUUAGUUCCACUUAAGUGCAUUGAUGUCUUAGUCUCUCAAACAUUGCUAUGUAAAGGCACUUGUGUUGUUUACAUUGCACCUCGUUCUCUCGUCACCGAUGCUCUGUCUAUCGAGUACAUUUUGUUGGUUGGCUCUCAAACCUGACUAAUCCUAUAAUACUUGAUCAUAUAUAAGACACUCUGCAGACAUGUAAAGCCUCUGCUUGCUACCUAUUUGGUAUAGUUGAUGGAAUAUAUCACUGUAUUUUAUAGCUCAGACAAAAUAGUGUUACAAUAUCCACCAGUGUCUCUGUGUCAUGUGCACUGCAUGAAGUGAAACCACAGGAGUCAUUGUGAUAGCGGGUAUGAUAGGUUAUUCCUCCAUAAAGACACAAUUAAGUUGUUGAAUUAGUGAGUUAUUAAUUACAAACAAUUAUUAUUGAGUGAGAACCAUCUAAUCUCUUAUGUUUUAUGUUGAAAAUGACUGAACAAUAUUUGGGUGCUGUACAUACUCCAUGUUUCCUUUUGUAUUUGUUCACUUUUGGUUGUUUAUCUUUUUCUAUUAAAAGAUAUUAGUUAAAAGAA